AUGUCGCAGCCCUCUGACCAAACCCGCAAAUACUCCAACUCGACCGUCUUCAACAUCACCGUCCUGAUCUCCGGCUCCGGCACGAAUCUACAAGCGCUCAUCGACGCCUGUAAGCCCGGCUCCUCACUCUCCAAUGCCCGUAUCACGCAUGUCAUCUCCAACCGCAAAUCCGCAUACGGACUCACGCGCGCCAAAGAAGCACGGAUUCCUACUACAUACCACAAUCUCGUCGCCUACAAAUCAAAACAGCCUCAGGACAAAGCCGGCACCCAGAAAGCCCGUGAGCAAUACGACGCCGAUCUCGCGCAGAUAAUCCUGACACACAUCCCCUGUCCGGACCUUAUAGUCUGCGCUGGGUGGAUGCACAUCCUGUCCAACCCCUUUAUAGCGGCCCUGCAAACGGCCUCUGUGCCUAUCAUAAACCUCCACCCUGCCCUGCCAGGGAAAUUUAAUGGCGCAAACGCUAUCCAACGAGCGCAUGAAGCGUUUCAGAAGGGUGAGAUAGCGGGCACUGGCGUAAUGAUACAUCAUGUGAUUGGCGAGGUCGAUAUGGGAGAGCCAGUGGUGGUGCGAGAAGUGACGUGUAUCAAAGGGGAGGCACUAAGUGAUCUAGAGGAACGAAUACAUCGGGUGGAAUGGGAAGUCAUCGUGGAGGGGACGAAACGGGAGUUGGCGGUGCUGGAGAAGGGCCGGCGGGAGAGUGCGUCGUGA